CUCUAGUCCUCAGCACAUGGCACAAUUUCCAGCUGUUUUUGUUUUGCUCACAAUCACAUUGCAAUGUUGGCGCCGAUUAAGCAUUUAUUAAGUAAUUACCGAAUAGUUCUGGCCAGUGGGUCACCACGUCGCCAGGAGUUGGUCCGAAUGUUGGGACUCAAUGCGGAACUAUGUCCCUCCACAUUCGAAGAGAACUUGAAUCUGUCAGACUUUGGGGAAUUUUCGGCGUACAUUGAAGCCACUGCAUUGGGCAAGGCGGAGGAAGUUUUCAGCAGAUUACAACAUGAAUCAACUGGGGAUGAGAAGCAAUUGAUUGUUAUAGCAGCCGAUACUAUGGUCACCCUCGGGGACGAAAUCUACGGAAAGCCUAAAGAUUCAUCUGAUGCUGUUAGAAUGCUGACCAACCUUUCGGGAACAUGUAAUCGAGUUUUCACCGGAGUUGUACUCAAACACUCGAACGGAGUACGCAAAUUUACGGAUACUGCCGACGUUCACUUUGGCCAUUUGACACAGGAACAAAUCAAAAGCUAUGUGGAUUCUGGCGAUCCCUUAGAUAAAGCUGGAGCCUAUGGUGUUCAAGGACCCGGCGGAGCGUUGAUUCCUCGCAUAGAUGGCGAUUUCUAUUGUGUAAUGGGCCUGCCACUUCAUCGGUUGUGCUGUGAAUUGAAUAAGCUCCUUCUCGAGGAUCUGGUCAAAUAAACUUCAUGCUCUACUCCUGUCAAGAAACAACUUGAGCACGAGAGAAGACCUAAGACACUGGCAAGUGCAUGUGUCCUGUAAUUUUGGUUAAUAUGAAGCUGUCUUAGAAAUUUAGAAAACUUGUUAAAUUCGAAAGCUUUAGAAGCUAUAAAAAUAACUGACGUAUUCUUAUGAACAUUUAAACAAUGUUAUUAAUAUAGAUAUAAUCAUUGACUUAAUUUAAAAAUUAUUCCAUUUAUGAAAUGAAAGAAAGGAGUAUAUUAAUCCUUAAA